AGAUCCUUAUUAUCGAGGAAGAGUGAUCUGUGUAUUGUGAUAUUGUCAGUCAACAACUAUUCCCUAAAUAUUCCCUAAGAUGAGCUCGAGGCGGUACGACAAGUGAGGUACCUCUCGGAUACUCCUGUCAUUGAUACUAAUGAGAAUGCGCAGUCCUCCACCUUACCAUGACAGGUGUGUAAGCCUCGUUGACAGGUUGAUACUUGAUAGGUGAUGACAAGCCUUGCAGUUCAUCAGAGGCAGACCCUCUGAUAGGGCCUCGCAAGCCUUAUCGUCGCUAUCGAUCUCCCAUCGUCUAUGUGGCACUCAUUGUUCUCUUUAUUAUCGCAAUCAUGGCUGUCAAAUUCUCCACGAGCCUUUCCAAUGACCCCUUAGAUCCGGAUGUUCGAGACCGCAUUCGCAAGGACUGGGACAUUGAACUUCGCCAGCACCAAAAAGAAGUUCUCGAGCGCAUCGACACCCAAAAGCGCUGGCGUUUGGAAGAUAACGAAAGGAUCAAUCUUCGCGAACAAUGGGGAACGGAGGUGGAAAAGCACGAUCGUGAAGUGGAGGAUAGGCUAAGGCGUGAUGAAGAACACAAAAGUCAUAUGCACGAACAAUGGGAAAGAGAAGUGGAAGAACACAAGAAAGAAGUGGAGGAGUUACGGAGGCGCGAAGAAGAAGAACGAUUGAGAUUGAAUAUGUUUUGGACCGACUUGGCGUCCCACACGUGCACAACAUACGCCACUCGGGAGUACACCGCCCGACUUGUGAAUGUUCCGUCAUACUACAAUCGUCGCGUGGAGGCUUGCAUGGCCACACCGGUGAAGAUCCAUGGGAUUGAGUACAUGCCUAAGUGGUGCGAGGACCAUGGCCCAAACGAUGUAAUAGGUCAUUGGGAAGUCGACCAGCAUGAGCCGGAUUGCGCGUCAUACUGGAUCCGGUACAAAGAUUUUGGCUGUAUUUCUCCUGGAUCUGGUCAGCGACGGAUUGAACAUUACCUUGAGCACCUCCCAUCGGGAGCUGAUUGGAAGGAGUUCUGUGCUACCACUCCUGCAAGCUUCCUCGGGAUGCAUUUCAUGGGCUCAGAAUUUUGCUUCCAAAAUAAUGGUGGCACGUACGGUCACUGGGUUUUUGAUGACGAGAGCUGCAAGUAGUGAAGUUACAACAAUGCUUCCAUGUUGGAUGAGGGUGAUGUUGUCUUGGAAUUUUAAUGGGCUAUUUUUGCUGUACCAUUCGUUGUACUCUGUAUGUCUUUUUGGGUCACUAAUAUUUGGAUAAUCAGGGAUAGGCACUGCUGCCACCGCCAUUGGGGGCUACGAACUUCGGAGCACGCAAC